AUGGGGGAUUCGCAUUCUACAGAACUAAAGUUCGAACAUUUGACAAGUGAGUGCUUACUCGAGGUCCAGAGAUAUUUGCACGAACUGCAGAAUGACGAAGAAGUAAUGGACCGACGUAUCAAAUCAUUGGAAGAAGUGGAGGAAGAAUUAGACGGAGCCUAUUAUCUGCAAAUUAGUGGUUUAGUUUUUUAUCACACUCGUAUUUUUUUGAAACUUUUGAACGAAAAAACAUGGCAGCGUAUUUUAGAAUUUGUGAAAGGGUACGCGCUAAGUAAGACUGCUGAGAAGAUAUUGAAUUUUGUCGGUCAGAACUUCAACGUGUUUGCGAAGCAAGCAGAAAUGCUAUCAUUGUCACCAAAUGAAGUGGCUUAUUUGGUCAAAUCAGAUUUUGUGAAUGCGAACAGAGAAAUAGAUAUUUUAAAUUUUGUCAUCAGUUGGAUUUGUUUCGAUCAAUCGAGGGCGAUUCACGCAAAAAAUAUUUUGACUGAAGUUAGGUACAGUCUGAUGACAUACAGUGAAAAGCAAAGAUGUAGUUCUUUACUGAGACAGCUCGGGUUUGAUGUUUGUCAAACCGGACACCAAGUAAGAUUUCGUAACGGACUCGAUGUUUUGGUGGCUUUCGGCGGUCCUUGUAUAGUAACUCGACAUUCUGUUCAAAUGCUUCUCGUCGGUCCGAAAAUAAUGACGUCAUCAAAUUUGAAAACAGCGGCCUCAGACUGCCUCACACCUGUCGUCAUUACGGAGUAUGUGCUGUGGACGACUGCUUGUACGUUGCUGGCGGCUGGAAAAAUUCCAAUACAACAAACCUACUUCAUGCUUUCAAUCCUGUCUAUUUGGUUUGGAAACGUCGCUCAAAAAUGCUUGUUCCAAGAUGUUCAUUUUACUUUGGAAAUAUUGGAAAAACUUUUAUAUGCAGUUUCAGGCGAUACAACGGGUCAAAAUAACACUCCAACGGUUGACAAAUACUUCGGGAACGAAGAUCGGUGGGAGAUGGUGGCCCCCCUGCCAGUUGCAGUUAGAGAUUUGGCAGGAUGUGUCCAUGAAAACAAUUUAUUUGUCAGUGGUGGCCUGGCAGAUUCCAAUACUGAUGUGAAUUUUGUUUGGCGGUGCAACCCCGCUGGCAACGAGUGGAGCUCCGUUACUCCCCUGCUGAGGGCACGUAGCUGCCACGUUAUGACAUGUUUUGGAAACAAGUUGAUUGUUGUCGGAGGGAUGAAGACGCACAGCAUCGACUCAAUAGAAACAUUGGAAAAUGUAGAGGCAUACAGUUUCGAAUCAAAACAAUGGUCGUUUGUCUUGAAUUUAAAAAUGCCUGCGUGUCGUUCCUCAUCUGUUCUCAUAGGAAAUUCAACCCUUCUCUUUGGGGGGUUAUGUUACAGAGGGCAGAACAACAGUUACCAUAACUUUCUGCAGAUUAUCAAUUUAGCCAAAUAUUUGAAAGAAGAAAAUGCGAAUGCAUCUCAUGUAGUGAAAGAAAAGAUUUCAAAUCGCCAGCUUGAAGUUUUUCCAGCCUUCGAUGAUGAAUCUGACCAGAUCGAACUUGACUUGAGUAGCGGUUAUGAAGUUUACAAGUAUGAAGGUUCGGAUUAUUUCUUUUCCACAAUGCACUCCAUGAAACUGACAGAGAAAUUUUUAACACAAGGAUGUUAAUUUUCGUUUUUAUUAAUUUGUCUUCUAUUGUUGACCACUGACGAGUAAUUGGAUACCUUGUAAAUAGUAACUCUGAAUCGUUUAACUUUCAUUGUACAUUCUAUAAUUAAUAAUAUAAUUAAAUAAAUAUGAUAUAAUAUAAUUAAAUAAUCAGUGUAUCUACAAAUGUUCAAACUCAUUUUUAAUGAUAGAAUUCUUUUUUUUUUCACAAACUUUGUAAAAAUUUAAAAAAUUUCUUUUCUUGGUCAACGAACACGGGGUUGCGUUAUUAAUUUUUAAUAGUAGAUUGCCAGCAAAAAUUCCCACAAGUAACAACCACUAAAUCGAGAUUAUUACUCAUUUCUGAGCUAAAGUUUAGACCGCUUUGUUCUCCGCAAGUACUCUUUUUAAAAGAAACAAAAUAAUUUUUACUCCUGUCGCAAAUAUUUUCG